ACUGAACGUUCCAGUCUUCGAGAGUCCCUUUCCCAAUUCCCAUGCCUAUAAAUCUGUACUCCGCCUUCGACGUAUGCAUCGUCAAUUCUCAGUUCUCAAUUCUCCAUUCGUGGUCUGAUAUUCUCUGUUCAACAUCCGAGUUUCUGUUAAAUCCUGCGAUUGUAAAGAAUGUCUCUCAUUCCUAGCAUCUUCAGCGGACGACGAAGCAACAUCUUUGACCCAUUUUCUCUGGAUAUUUGUGACCCUUUCGAGGGCUUCCCUUUCGGCACAAACCCCAGCUCUGUGCCCAGUUCGGCUUUGGAAACCUCUGCCUUCGUCAAUGCCCGCAUCGAUUGGAAGGAAACCCCUGAAGCACAUGUGUUCAAGGCUGAUCUUCCGGGGCUGAAGAAGGAAGAAGUGAAGGUAGAAGUGGAGGAGGGAAGGGUCCUGCAGAUUAGUGGAGAGAGGAGCAGGGAGCAUGAAGAAAAGAACGACAAAUGGCACCGGAUGGAGAGGAGCAGCGGCAAGUUCUUGAGGCGAUUCAGAUUGCCGGAAAACGCAAAGAUGGAUCAGGUGAAGGCAUCCAUGGAGAAUGGAGUGCUGACUGUCACAGUUGCCAAGGAAGAGGUAAAGAAACCCGAGGUGAAAGCCAUUGAAAUCUCUGGUUAAAUUGCUUUUCAGAAGCGCAAAAUGAUGGAGUGGGUUAUUGGUUGAGACUUGAGAGUCUGUAUUUGUUGUGUGCUUUGUCUAUGUUUGGGUUUUCUUGUGUCGUCUCUCCGUCUAUGGUCUGUAAAGAACUUUGUGGGAUUCUGUUUGUAAAUGGGUUGAGCAAUGAAACAGAGAUUUGGAUUGUAAUUUUCCCCUGUUAA